GUCUUCCCACUCCCACUUCCACUUCCACUUCCAGGUCGCGUCGCUUCACUCUCCAUUGCAAAGAGAGCUCGAUGCCCUUUCAUCUCCACCCCUGAAACCUUCGUAAUUUACUUCAAUUGCCACUAUACCUUACUUCAUCUUCUCCAGUGAGCUAUAAUGGGGAUUGCAGAUUUAACACUUUUCUUCUUAUUCUUCUUCUUCGUCUCCUCUCCCUCGUUGCUUCUAUCUCAAUCACAGCCUCGAGAAAUCGACCCACAAGACAAAGCCUCUUUAUUGAUUUUCCGCGUCUCGAUUCACGACUCGAAUCGAACCUUAUCGACAUGGUACGGCUCAACGUGUUCUAACUGGACAGGUCUAGCUUGUCAGAAUCCGACCGGAAAAGUUCUCUCCCUCACUUUAUCCGAUAUGAAUUUUUCCGGUCAGAUUCAUCCAUCUCUCUGUAAGCUCGCUUCUCUUCAAAGCUUGGACCUUUCUCGGAACAAUUUCUCUGGAAACAUUCCUUCCUGCUUCGGUGCGUUGCGUAAUCUCAGGACACUCAAUCUUAGUCGGAAUAGUUUUGUUGGUGCGAUUCCCGGAACAUUUGUUAACCUUAAGGAGCUUAGAGAACUUGUUCUAAGCGAGAAUAGAGAUUUAGGUGGAUUGAUUCCUCACUGGGUUGGAGAUUUGAUGAAUCUGGAGAGAGUUGAUCUAAGUUUCUGCUCGUUUCUUGGAGAGCUACCUGCGAGUUUUCUGUAUUUGAAACCUCUCAAGUACUUGAAUCUUGAGAGAAAUAACUUGACUGGUACACUUAGAGAUUUUCAACAGCCAUUGGUGGUUCUUAAUCUUGCAUCGAAUCGGUUUUCCGGUACAUUGCCUUGCUUCUACGCCUCUCGUCCGUCUCUUAGUGUACUGAAUCUUGCUGAGAACUCUCUGGUUGGUGGAUUACCUUCUUGUUUGGGUUCUUUAGAAGAGCUGGGUCAUCUGAACCUUUCCUUCAAUGGCUUUGGUUACGAGAUAUCUCCAAGGCUCGUAUUUUCUGAGAAGCUUAUGAUGCUUGACUUAAGCCACAACGGGUUUUCAGGUCGUCUCCCUAGUAGAAUCUCGGAGACAACUGAGAAACUAGGUCUGAUUCUUCUCGACCUCUCUCACAAUAGGUUCUCUGGUUAUAUACCGUUGAGGAUCACUGAGUUAACGAGUUUACAAGCGUUGCGUCUCUCUCACAAUCUUCUAACGGGAGCUAUCCCAGCUAGGAUAGGAAAUCUGACGUAUCUCCAGGUCAUUGAUCUUUCACACAAUGCAUUAACCGGGUCAAUCCCUCUCAACAUUGUUGGCUGCUUUCAGUUGCUUGCUUUGAUGAUCAGCAACAACAAUCUCUCUGGAGAAAUCCAGCCUGAGCUUGAUGCGUUGGAUAGUCUGAAGAUAAUGGACAUAAGCAACAACAGGAUUUCCGGUGAGAUUCCGCUUACUUUAGCCGGCCUGAAGUCGCUGGAGGUUGUUGAUAUCAGUUCAAACAACCUCUCAGGAAACCUCAAUGAAGCUAUUACUAAAUGGUCCAACCUCAAGUAUCUCUCUCUAGCCAGGAACAGAUUCAGUGGAACUCUUCCUUCUUGGUUGUUCAAGUUCGACAAGAUCCAAAUGAUUGACUACUCCAGCAACAGAUUCUCACGGUUUAUACCGGACGAUAACUUGAACAGCACACGGUUCAAGGAUUUUCAGACCGAUGGAUCUGCAGAGCCACCAGGGAAAGUAGAGAUCAAGAUAUCAGCAAAUGUGGUUGCUAAAGACGAACUAAGCUUCAGCUACAAUCUAUUGUCCAUGGUUGGGAUUGAUCUUUCUGACAAUCUAUUACAUGGAGAGAUCCCAGAAGCUUUGUUCAGACAGAAGAACAUCGAGUACUUGAACUUGUCUUACAACUUCCUUGAAGGUCAGCUUCCUCAUCUAGAGAAGCUACCAAGAUUAAAGGCCUUAGAUCUUUCACACAAUUCUCUAUCAGGUCAAGUCACUGGAAACGUCUCAACUCCUCCAGGAUUGACUCUUCUGAAUCUAUCUCACAACUGUUUCUCCGGAAUCAUCACUGAGAAAGAAGGGCUGGGAAAGUUUCCAGGCGCUUUAGCCGGAAAUCCGGAACUGUGUGUUGAAUCUUCCGGAACCAAGUGUGAUCCGGCAGACAUUGAUGCAUCACAAGAGGAAAUCUAUCAAAAUGAAUUGGUGGAAGGACCGAUAUCUAUUUGGAUAUUUUGUUUGAGUGCGUUUAUUAGCUUCGAUUUUGGAGUGUUGGCUAUCUUCUGUUCAGCUCGUGCUUGGAGUUAUAUUCUUCAGACCAAAGGUUAAUGGCAAAGAGAAGAUUGAUUUGAUGUAUAUUAAAUUCUAACACACAUUUGUCUGUUGUCUGAGUGAGAUGUGAAGUUGAAAUGCUUGUUUGUUACUAAAUUCUCAGUCUUGUUAUCUUCCAGAGUUUCUCUGCCUCUCU